GAGAGGCAAACGACAAAUAAAAUAGUUCGGGAAAAUUCCGUGCUUGGCGUCGCAGUAGUGCCUUUUUUUUUUCGUUCUUUUUUGGGUUGCGCCGGAGGAGUAUGGAAUCCGAGUUCCAGGCGCCGAAGUCGUUCACCUUCUACCUCCGAUCGCUGCUGGUCUCCGUCGAGAGGAAGCUAGGGUUCCGAGCGGCCCCGAAGAUGGCGAGGGCGCCGAAGCACGCCCGGCCGCACCACGGCAGGAGAUCCACGCUGGCGCUCGUCCUCGGGAUGCUCCUCGCGCUCUCCAUCGUCCUCCUCCUGCUCCUGGCCCUCGGCAUUGUCUCCCUGCCGAUCGGCGACGGCGAUGCCCCUGCGAACGGCUGGAGCUCCUUCAGGCGCCGGACUUUCGAGAGAGGUGACGGAUUGGGGCAGAGAGGUGAGCAGUGGACGGAGGUGCUGUCGUGGGAGCCCAGAGCUUUCAUUUAUCACGGUUUCCUGUCCAGAGAGGAAUGUGAAUAUCUGAUAAGUCUUGCUAAACCUCGUAUGGCGAAGUCAACUGUGGUUGAUAGCACAACUGGGAAGAGUAAAGACAGCAGGGUCCGCACAAGUUCUGGAACAUUUCUGCAGAGGGGAGGAGAUAAAAUCAUCAGGGACAUAGAAAAAAGAAUAGCAGAUUUCACCUUCAUUCCUGUAGAGCAUGGAGAAGGUCUGCAGGUUCUCCAUUACGAAGUUGGACAAAAGUAUGAUGCUCAUUAUGAUUACUUCCUUGAUGAGUUUAACACCAAGAAUGGUGGUCAACGAAUUGCUACGCUACUGAUGUAUCUGUCGGAUGUUGAAGAAGGGGGUGAGACAGUUUUUCCUGAUGCCAAGGGAAAUAUCAGUUCAGUUCCCUGGUGGGAUCAAUUAUCUGAAUGUGGUAAGCAGGGUCUGGCUGUGAAGCCAAAGAUGGGUGAUGCAUUACUGUUUUGGAGCAUGAGGCCUGAAGGCACGCUUGAUCCUUCGAGUUUGCAUGGUGGUUGCCCUGUGAUUAGUGGAAACAAGUGGUCAUCUACAAAGUGGAUGCAUCUCCGUGAGUAUAAGGUCUAAGUGACUGCAUACUUAGUUUGAUAUGGCAGGAAUAGGGAGACAAGAGCAUGUUAUGGGAAAUAUUGCUGUCCUGCGACAGUACAGAUGCUGUCUUGUCCGUCCAAUGAUCACUUAACCCUGCUGACUAAAACACGUUGUUAAGCCCAUGUUCGAUUAGCUUCUUUGUUUCUCUAACGACCAGGUCUCAUGAGAAAUUUGUUUUUCCAUCUUUUAGAAGAGUAAACCCUUGGACUCUAAAGUCCACGGGAAAUGUGCAUAGAUAGCUGGAGAACUGGAAUUUUGAUUGAUCUGAUAAUAACAUGGCGAAAUAGGACUAAAAUACUAAGGACGACAGUGUAUACUGCUUCUCUCACUAUGCUUUCGUGGCCCUGUAUGCUGUUUUUGGAGAGGAAGUACGAGAACAUAUUGGAUUUGUAUUCUUCGGCCCUGAGCCCGUGACUUUUACGAGAUUGAAAUAAGAGCUUCUCAUGAUUCCCCUCUC